AUGUAUUUAUUUCAAACUAAUGAUUCUGAAUCAAUUACAGAACAAAUGCAAUUUGCAGAUUGGCUUCUACAACUUGGUGAAGGUCGCAUACCAUCAGUUUCAAAAAAUAAUCUUAUUCAACUUUUUGAUGAUAUACUUCUUUCUUUUCAGACUCUUCAGCAUUUAAUUGAUUUUGUAUAUUCUGAUUUGCCAACCUCUUUAUAUAAUCUACAAUAUUUAGUAGAAUCAACUAAAUAUUUGAGUGCUGAUUCUAUUGACAAGACCUCUAAUAGAUAUAAUCCUACUUAUAAAAAUCUUUAUCCAAAUAAAUUUUUAAAUAGCUUAAAGUUAAGUGGUAUAUCUUUACACAAGCUAUUAUUAAAAGUUGGCACCCCAAUAAUUAUUCUUUGUAAUAUAGAUCCUACAAACAGUUUAUACAACAGAACAUGCUUGGUAUGCCAAGGUUUUACAACUAGAGUUAUUGAUACUGAA